AUUCGACGAGGCACUUUCCAGAGAGUGAGGGCGAAACUGCGGCCCCGGGGGUUCGUAUUCUCCUCGUCUGUCAGGCACCUUCUGAGGAGGAUUUGGCCCCCGGACUACGUCGUCGACGUUCGUCCAAAGCCUCGGCACCAUCCCUUGGCUUUCGCUUUCGCUUUCCCAACCCCCCGGUGGCCCGAUUGCGUGAGUCCCCGGUUAGGCCGGCAGGGGGGGAUGCGGAUGGGGGAGGGGGAGGGACUCGCACUAUUGUAAUGUCCAGCGGUCGGACUGGGGGGUCGGUCGUUAGCAAGGGAGCGGCAGGGGAAGCGAAGUCCCGAGUCUGGAGGCCGUGCUAGCAGCUGCGGCCGGACGGGGGCUGGGCUGGGCUGUGCAUGCGAGCACGAUGGGAUGCAGUUGUGGUGUGGCCAGCCGAGCAUGGCCAGUGACUUGCGCAUCCUACGAGCGCGAAUGAUUCGGAGCGUGACAAAAUCGUCAAAGCCAUGGCUGACUUUUCGCGUUUCCGCACCACGAAUUCAUUAAUGUCGAGUAGUUUAUACCAUGUUUCGGCUCUUUCUUAGCGCUCACGACUGAUCAUAGCUUUGCUUCGUUCUUUUUAGCCCCUGGGUCCUCCAGUUCUUGCAACAUCCUGAGCAGUCCUCGUAACGGAGGUCUUAUGCUCAUGGAGUUGAUGCUCUGAUCUCCUGAUCGUCGGACGUUCGCGAUUUGGUGGAGGUCUAGGCAUUGACUCUGUGGCAUACUACUCGGUGAUGAACGGAAGAAUUGGUUCGUCGUAGGGAAGAAGGCUCCAUCUGGACGUAUGGCUCUCAGAAGCAAAAUCUGGACGCCGAGUGCCAUGAAUUUGGCGGUCGUCUUCAUCCUGGUAGCGGUCCUGGGAUGUCACCUGUCGCUUGUGAACUCACUCAACGAAGAUGAUAGCCGGAACAGCGGCACUGACUCUUCGCCAAACAAAUCUGUUGAAACUGCACCACAAGAAAACAUACAGGAAACGUUUGAUCUCGAUCCGAAAGGAAAUUGCAGUGAUGAGAUUAAAAACUUCUGUACUCCAAAGACUGGGAGUUAUCUUGAGUGCAUUACACAGGAGCUACAGAGCGAGCAAGCAGGAAACAUGGCACCCAAUGGAAAGGAAAUCUCGGAUCCCUGCAAGAUUGAGGUCCGGUUCAUGAAGAUUGCUUCGUACAAAGAUUUAACUUUGGACAAGAAAAUUGAAGCUGCAUGCCAGAAGGAUAUUGAAGAUACCUGCUCAAAUUAUUUUCUAGGUCCAGGAGGUGUUUUAGCUUGUUUGAGAGAGCACAAAGACACACUUUCUCAAGCAUGCCAGAAUGAGGUGUUUGUGGCUGAGAAAGAUGCUGCCAAUGACUAUCAAAUGGAUCCUCUGCUUAGUGAAAAGUGCGGUGCCGAUGCCCAAGCUUACUGCUCAGAUGUCAGUCCUGAAGGAGGGCGCGUCCAAGCUUGUCUGAGGGCUCGUGCUUCGAAAGUCACCUAUGCUUGCAGAGCUGAACUCUUCCGACAGGAGCAAGAGAAUGCCGGUGAUCUUCGUCUCAAUGUUCAGCUCUAUAAAGCAUGUGAGGAUGACAAAAAAAAAUUCUGUGCUGACGUUCGUCCUGGGAACGCUCGGAUCAAGGACUGUCUCGAGAACUUCCGCAUGGACCCGGGCUUUUCCAAGACAUGUAAGGUUGAAUUUGACAAGAUGCUCGCGAGGAGAGCUGAAGAUUUCCGCUUAGACCCAGUACUGAGGGAUAGCUGUCGGAAAGAUAUCUCAGCGGUAUGUGGUUCAGAGCUGGAAGAUCUGUUGGAAGUCCCCCGUGAGGAACCAAGAGUGAUCCACUGUUUGCAGGACUUUCAAGAGGAACUCACUGAUCCACAGUGCAAGAAAGAGGUCCACAGAGCCCUUGUUCGUGCAGCUGAAGACUAUCGUUUUGAUGCAUUUUUCGCCAAAUCCUGCGAAGAUUCCAAGCAAAAGUACUGCAAGGAUGCUGAUAACAGCAGAGUCCUGCAAUGCCUGCAAGGUGCACGUGACAUGAUCGAUACCACCUGUCGCUCAGCUGUGUUUGAACUGGAAUCACGACUCUCAGGAGAUAUCGAUUAUAAAGUGGCAAUGAAGGCUUCUUGCGGCAUGGAGAUUGGAAAGUUCUGUAAGGGCCUUAGACACGACCAGGGAGCCAUAAUCGAUUGUCUUCAGCAAAAGGUAGAUGACCCAGAUAUGGGGGAGGAUUGCAAGAAAGAGGUUGUCCUGGAUGAAAUCGAGUCUGCAAAGGAUUAUCGAUUGAACUACCGUAUAUACAAUGAUUGUCUGGAGGAUGUAAGAACUCUCUGUCCAAUUUCCACGGUAUGUGGGACGUCUGAACCAUGCGGUGGAAUCGUCAUGAAGUGUUUACAGACUAAUAUGGAAAAAAUCAAAUCGGAAGCCUGUAAGAAGGAUAUCUUCUCGUUUACUUUAAAGGAGGCUAAGAAUCCUGAAUUGAACAUACCACUUCAGACGGCUUGCCAUGAAGAUUUGAAAAAGUAUUGUCCAAAAGUCCGUACGAAAGAUCAUAGUCAAUCCCUCCGUUGUUUACGUUCUCAUCGCAACCAGCUGAAAAGUGAAUGCAAAGACGAGGAGCUCCGAUUCAGUAUGAUGGAGGCUUCAGAUAUCAGGCUUACGCCGUCUCUAAUGAAUGCUUGUGGUGCGGAGUUGGGUGAGUUCUGCAAGGCAGUCAGUCCGACCAACGGUGACGCUUUCAAGUGCCUACAAAUGCACUUGGAAAAGGUAGAAAUGGGUACCCCUUGUAAGAUUGAAGUGGACUUGCAAGAAGCCCGACAAGCAUCAGACUACCGGUUGGAUGUCCGGGUGAGGACUGAGUGCCAGAAAGAUGUUGAGACAUUAUGCGGUGACGUCGACAAGAGUGAGGAAGGUCAUGCGACCGUCUUGAAGUGUUUCGUAGCUCAGUACAAGAAUCUCACAGGCGGCUGCCAAACCGAGGUAGCGUACGCCGUGAGGAUGGCUCUAUGGCAGUACCAGUUUGGAUCCAAUCUCACUCUUCCUUGCGACUCUGUGGUCAAGUCCUCGUGUGACACGAAAGAGGCGAAAGCGAUCGAAAAUGUGGUGAUUGGAACAUAUGGCCAGUGCCUUACAUUAUCUCAGAACUUUAAGGGUAUGAAUCCUGAAUGCAAAGCCCUUGUACGGGUGGCAACGAAAGAGGGAUUUUACGUAGGUGACAACCCAGAAGCUGAUUUGGCUGCGGAAAUCGCCAAACUCAAGGAGUUGCGGGGAAGCUCCAGCGAUUUAGGCCAAUCAGGCAUGGGUUUCUUCUGGACCACGACUGUUGUUGCCUUCGUGGCACUGCUCGGAGUUGCGCUAUUCAGGAGAUAUUCUGGUCCUCCCAGAGCAUACACUCUGGUUGUUAAAGGUGGAGAUGUAUGAAGGUGAAUAUCUCAGUCUUAAUACUGAUCAUCCUAGUUCUGGAACGAGCCCUCCGGAACAGCAUCAAUAUUAGUCCGCUCGAGUCUCCUCCUAUGCUGCGCGACAAGCAUAUUUACAUACUUGAGGAACUAGUAGUACAUUCUUUACGGAGUUGUGGAUAUCAUAAUCCCCGUUCUUUCUUUGAUCCAAUUACUUUGGCCACCAUUCCAGAACUACAGUGCCGGUCGGGAUCCCCAUUAUUUACCACAAGAGCUGGGAGUGUGUGCGAUGUCAGCAUCCUGCACAACGCUGAGAUUCAAAAUGUGGAAAUUUAGUGUACACUAUAUACUUCCCCCAAUUUAUGAUCUACAGUGGUGGUGGUAGGACUUGUCACACGAUUUAGUUCAAUUCACAACGAUAUGUAAACAUAUUUCAGGUUGUCACUUAGAUGUAUGAGAGAGGAGGGUUAUGCAUCCGAUAUACAAUGAGAUAUUUUCAUACCUAGCGUGUGUGGUCCUCUCUCCAGUCUUGAGCAAAUAUUUUGCUCCGUACCAUCUGCCAAUAGGUCUGUCGAGAAGUAUUCAUGUGAGAAAACAGACUCAUUUUCUGUUGCAGAACGAUAGUGCCUAGUCCGUUCUCUAAGUAGAAAGUCUAAGAGUCUUUCUAUUGAGUUGAUCUUUCAUUGACCGGAUUGAACCACAAGCGGUGUUUUGUUCUACAACUGCCAGGUUGACUUCGGGACUGCUGCUGCUCGCAGCCUCACUGUGAAAUAAAGUGAAAUCGAAAUACUGGUCUUCUGUUUCC